CGCGAGGGCUGCCGGGGAAAAGGCGGUUUCCGGCGCCGCUGGGCGGGGCGGUGUCUGAUUGGCUGGAGGCGGCUGUGACGUCAGCAGGACCCGGGGCUGCACCGGGAGCUUUUGUUCGUGCGGCGGCAGCAGCGGGGCCGGUGCGGGGCCAUGUCCGUGUCCAUGUCCUACGUGCCGGGGCAGCCCGUCACCGCCGUGGUGCAAAGAAUUGAAAUCCACAAACUUCGUCAGGGUGACAAUUUGAUCCUGGGAUUCAGCAUUGGAGGUGGAAUUGAUCAGGAUCCAACUCAGAAUCCUUUCUCUGAAGACAAGACUGAUAAGGGUAUCUAUGUAACAAGGGUGACAGAAGGAGGCCCAGCAGAAGUUGCAGGACUCCAGAUUGGAGAUAAGAUCAUGCAGGUGAAUGGCUGGGAUAUGACAAUGGUGACCCACGACCAAGCUAGGAAGAGGCUGACAAAAAGGAAUGAAGAAGUGGUACGGCUGCUGGUGACCAGGCAAUCCCUGCAGAAAGCUGUGCAACAAUCCAUGAUGUCCUAAUAAUCCAGCACCAGGUUGGGGAAGGGUUGGGGAGGGAGAUACACAGACUGGUAUCAAGGAAGGAAGCAAAUGUUAGACCUGAACUGGUUGUCUGGAAGGGAGUGCAUGUUCCUAACUGUGGUAAACACUUAUUUUUAUUUCCUUUCUCUGGUGUAACUGGCAGUAGUAAAACUCUAGUUCCCCUCUAGCAAAAGUGCUUCUCUAAAAGUCUUCCCUGCAGGCACAUGGUAAGACUUCAGUGUAGUUAUGGCUUUCAGGAGGACAGGACAGAUCCUGCCUGGUUUAAGGAAGCAACUGGACAAGCCUGAACUUGGAAACGGUUCUUCCAUAGCACAGAAACUUCUGUUUUAGAAGGAAAUGGGGUUUCUGCUGUGGAAGAUAAGAGGAUUUUCUGUGCUUAAGCUUUUAGAAGUGAGCUGUCCUGUCCUCCUCUAAGCUAUCAAAUUAAGAGUUGCACAGAGCUGUGGGGAGGAGCACUGUACUAAUCUCACGUUGUGUGCUAGCUAGGAGUGUGCUGAAGGGUUUGGGGCAUUAUGGUUCACUGCAAAGGUUCCCUGCACAAAGCAGCCUCUUCAGACAGAAGCAAAAACCAACUAGGGCAGAAGUAUUAGAUGAAUACCUGCAAAGUACAAUACAAUUCAUAGACACUACAGUUCAGUUUCACUGUCAGAGUAAAACCUUAACUCUCCUUGUUCCCAAAUAAUUUGUAACAUUGAAAGAAUCAGGCUUAAAAGGAAAGAAAGCACUUGCUGAACUCACCAAAAGAGCUGCUCGGGGCUGGAGAGUCUUUGGUUCUUCAUUCCACUUCUAUCAGAUUUGAAAUGGGCAGGGUGGAUUUUAGUCAGUCUUCUACAAGACUUUGCUUAAGUCACUGAUGCCAGUAAUUUCCAAAAGUGCCUCUUGACCAAGUUUAAACUUCUGGUAAGAUACCAAGUUGUUUCAAUCAACAUGCCACAGGAUUUAAGAUUUUUGCUGCAACUCUUUAAGUUAAUUAUCUAGCAUCCUAGUGGUUUGUUAACCAGCUAGCUUUACAAUUAUCAAAAGACUGGAUUCCUUAAUUCCCUUAAGUUGAUUUAUACAGAUUUAUACUUUCCUUAAGCAGUCUUCAGGUAAGCUGUUGUAAAUAGAACAUGAGGAGGUGGCAGACUAACUUAUUCAGUACAUUACUGCCCUGCCAUGUUCAUAUGUUGUGAUUGCUGCAUCUCAGACUGCUCUGUACACACCAGCAGAUGCCUACUGACCAUUUUUAUAUCCUUGGAAUGACUCCAAUACUGCUUUUGAAUUUUGUAACUUAAGAUUUCAGUGGUAAAUUUUAAGGGUUUCGAGUUUGAAGUUAUUUUUGUUACUAUAAAGAGACACUGCUAUUUGUACUGCUAUUCCACUUGAUUUUUUUUUUUUUUUUACACACAAUAAAACAAAGUUGGAUUU